AUGCUUCCACGAUUCGACCGCGCGUGGGUUAUUGCUCUAAGUCUUGUCGCCAAAGGCUCCCUCGUGUUCGCUGGGCCCUGUGAUAUCUACUCUUCUGGCGGCACACCUUGUGUUGCUGCACACAGCACCACUCGUGCACUAUACAGCUCAUUCACAGGUGCCUUGUAUCAAAUCAAGCGCGGCUCUGACGGUGCCACGACUACCAUCGCUCCUCUUUCUGCCGGGGGUGUCGCGAAUGCCGCCGCUCAAGAUACCUUCUGUGCCAACACUACCUGCCUCAUCACCAUCAUUUAUGACCAGUCUGGUCAGGGGAAUCACCUCACGCAGGCUCCUCCUGGAGGCUUCAGUGGCCCAGACACUAAUGGAUAUGAUAAUCUGGCUAGCGCUAUUGGUGCACCCGUGACGCUCAACGGCCAGAAGGCCUAUGGUGUCUUUAUCUCGCCCGGCACGGGCUACAGGAACAAUGCUGCGAGCGGUACAGCCACUGGUGAUGCGGCAGAGGGUAUGUAUGCUGUCCUUGAUGGCACCCAUUACAAUGACGCUUGCUGCUUCGACUACGGCAACGCCGAAACUAGCAGUACCGACACGGGCAACGGCCACAUGGAGGCCAUCUACUUUGGUGACAACACGGUCUGGGGUACUGGCGCUGGUAGCGGCCCAUGGGUCAUGGCAGAUCUUGAGAAUGGCCUCUUCUCUGGCUUGAGCUCGGGAAACAAUGCUGCCGACCCAUCCGUCAGCUAUCGGUUCCUCAACACAAUUGUUAAGGGAGAAUCUAAUCAGUGGGCAAUCCGCGGUGGCAACGCUGCUUCUGGAUCCCUAUCCACUUACUACAGUGGAGCGCGCCCAAGCGCAUCUGGCUAUAACCCGAUGAGCAAAGAAGGUGCCAUCAUUCUCGGCAUUGGCGGUGACAACAGCCGCGGUGCCCAGGGCACUUUUUACGAGGGCGUUAUGACCUCUGGCUAUCCUUCUGAUGCAACGGAAAACUCGGUACAGGCUAAUAUUGUCGCUGCUAAGUACGCUGCCGGUUCGCUGACUAGCGGGCCGGCCCUGACUGUUGGAUCCUCAAUCUCGCUCCGCGCCACAACCUCUGGCUACACAACACGCUACAUUGCACACAACGGCACUUCUGUAAUCACUGAGGUGGUCUCGUCGUCGAGCUCCACGACCCUGAAAGAGCAGGCCAGUUGGACAGUUCGCACUGGUCUUGGCAAUAGCGCUUGCUUUUCGUUCGAAUCCGUUGACACUCCCGGUAGCUACAUCAGACACUACAACUUUGGGCUCCUUCUCAAUGCCAAUGAUGCCACGAAGCAAUUCUACGAGGAUGCCACUUUCUGCCCACAGUCUGGUCUCAACGGCCAGGGUAACUCAAUUCGGUCGUGGAGCUAUCCGACCCGCUAUUUCCGCCACUACGAGAAUGUGCUUUAUGUCGCGAGCAACGGGGGUGUCGAUACUUUCGAUGCUACUACGUCAUUCAAUGACGAUGUGAGCUGGGUGAUUAGCACUGGUUUUGCUUGA